AAUGACUGACGGUAAGAAGACGUAUUACCACCACACAACUAAGGACGGAGCCGCACAAAUAAUACAGUCAGGGUACAUCAAGCAAUCAACUGAUACGAAAACAGAUGCUGCGUAUGGUCCCGGUACCUAUCUUACUAGAAUGGGCCCAGACAAGUCCCAGAUAGAUAUAGCAAGGAAUAACUACGACGGAUGCGAUCAAUUCGCAGAUGAAAUGCUGAGGGCGGGUAAAACAGACGUGACCAUAGCCAUUGAUCUGGCCAGCAAUCAGGUUACCAGGGCGAAGUCAGAUCGUGACAUUCAUGUGUCGCCGGGAGAUGUUACCAUAAAGGACAAAAAUCCAAGGGUUUAUGUGAGGGGUGAAGAUGGAAAGGCUAGGAAGUACAAACUCAAGUAGAAACUGAAACCCUCGAGUACUGGUACACACGAUUUCUUUCCGUUUGCUUUGAAAUAAAUGCUAAAUUUUCUCUCUAAAAUCUACAAAUACGAAAUGAAAUCUUCAAACUUAAAAGGCUGACAUUAUUUUUUUAAUUAACCAAAAUUAUGUGAAGAAGCCAAAAAAAUCAAAAUGUUGAUGUAUAGGAGGGAGCUGCAGUUACCAAAUACUUUAUCAUUUUCGUAUUUUUUGAUAACUGAAAUUUUAAAAACAACAUUGAAAAGGACAUGAAAUACUUGUGUGUCAAUUCUGAAUCGAUGCCAAUACUCUUAAGAACAGAAGGUACUACAUCUCGGACAAAAGAAACUGAUGGUCGAGUGAAAACAAGAAAAGACUGUAAUAUUUUCAUGAAAUCUUAAUUUGACUCCAGCUUUAUUAGGACUGUUAUAAUUAUAAGUGUAUUUUUAUGGCUAAACGAAAACAACAUGGAAAUAGCAUGAUAAUGUAUAGAUAAUACCUAAUCAACUGGAUAGAGGCCUCUCUUCCUCAGUUCUUACGACAGUUUGAUGAUAGACAGGUCUGAAGUUGGAUAAAAGAUUUCCACAAUCUGUAGAUAGAACUUGGGUCAUCUAACCGAUUGGUCAAGUAGAAAUGGAAAAAGAACAAUGCAAUUCAUCAUCAAAUGAAUUACAGGUUGUGUAAAUUAUUUGCACGACGCUAUAUUGCCAUCGUCCAAAAGUUUAGUUUUUUUUUUUUUUUUUUGUCUUUUAAACUUUAAAGUAGAUCAAUAAUUAAAUGCACUCAAGCGAUCACUUUCAGGACGAUGCUUACAUUUUAAAUUUGUCAGAGUUACACAUUUCUGUGGUAAACAGUUUAUACAUCGGUGGCAGUGAAGUAUUUUUCACAUGAGGCAUAAAAUCAACCAGAAGAGCUUACCGUCUAAAACAUCUCUAAGAAGAUUUACACGCUGGUAUCAUUUUCAAACAUGAAUUCAAUUGUAGAUAUAAUUCUUUUGAUAGGUAUUGCAAAUUUCAAUUGAUUAUAUGCAUUUGCUCUCACUAUUUUUUAUUGUCCA